AUGCAUUCAAAGCAAUACAACUUAGACACGUCAGUAACGUUAAUAGAUCCCGCGCACAGCGCAGAGGGUCAUUACAAUAGACGCAACGGAGACCCAGGUCAGUCCAACACAGUUUCACCAGUAACAGGACGCAGAGAUUUGGGCAGUAGGCACACUCAUGAUGAUGCGGUUCGCGCUGACGCCCAUGAACGCCUGUGUGCCCUGCGAGGCAUUCGAAAAUACACGCACCUUUGCGAGCCCCGGGUUCGCGGCGCAGGGGGCGCAGCUCCAGCCGCCGAUGGCUGCGGCGUCGCAGUACGACGCCCGUGCAAAGUUCAGCGCCGUCUCCGCCGUCUACUUCGUGUAGGCGGCGCCAACGCCUCGCCCCGCGGAGAGGAGGAGGAGGAGGAGGCCGGCCACGAGAGCCACGGCGCGGGGCCCCAUCGCCGCCGCCGCUGCCGCCUGCGGAGUGCCUUGGCAAACAAGAGGGCGGCCUGA